AGUCGGGGUUAUAGCAACGGAAAAGCCCAUCACCAGAAACAACGGGACGGCGGAGAGCGGAACGGUGUCUGCGUCAGUGAGUAAUAUCAACUGAACUUCACUUAAAAUGAGCCCCUGCUGGUCUGAAGUUGUGCUAUUUCACGAUCUUUCUACAGGGUGGUCUAGCACAGCCCAAUUCUCAACGGUACACACCAACACACACCCAGUACAGGCAGGAGGAUGGCAAUUAAUGUCUACUCCACCUCUAUGAGCAUAGAGAACCUGAGUCGCCAUGACAUGUUGGCAUGGGUCAACGACUCUCUACAGCUCACCUACACAAAGAUUGAGCAGCUCUGUACAGGCACUGCUUACUGCCAGUUCAUGGACAUACUGUUUCCAGGAUGCAUAUUGCUGAAGAAAGUCAAGUUCUUUGCUAAACUGGAGCAUGAAUACAUCCAUAAUUUCAAGGUCUUACAGGCUGCAUUCAAGAGAAUGAAUGUGGACAAGAUCAUCCCUGUGGAGAGACUGGUGAAGGGAAAAUUCCAGGACAACUUUGAGUUCCUUCAGUGGUUUAAAAAGUUUUUUGAUGCGAACCACGAAAGGAAAGAAUACGACCCUCUACUAUCACGGCAGGGCCAGGAGGGAACGCCACCUCCACCUAACCCAGGCCCUAUGAGAACAUCUCCCACAGCACCGAAGAAUGUCCCCACUCCACACAGGCAGAUCAACGUAGCCCGCAGGACAACUCCUGUGACACGUAAUGGAGAGGAUGCUGACCUCACAGAGCUCAACCAGCAGGUGUUGGAUCUAAAGCUGACUGUAGAUGGACUGGAGAAGGAGAGAGACUUCUACUUUGGAAAGCUGAGAGACAUUGAGCUCAUCUGCCAGGAGAGCGAAAAUGAAAACAGCCCAGUCCUCAACAAAAUCAUAGACAUACUGUACGCUACAGAGGAGGGAUUCGCACCACCAGAAGAUGAAGAAAUUGAUGAGGGAGCACGAGGAGACCAGGAGGAGUACUAAACUCUCCCACCUCUCAUCCCUUCAGCUCACCGUUAUUGUCAUUUCUGUCCCUUUUUAUUUCCCCUCUUAAUUUGCUUUGUACAAACUCUCCGUACUUCUUCCACCUUGUCUUGGGCUGCCCAUAUCCAUGAUGACUUUGUUGUAAAGCCUAGUUUUUCAAACUCUUACUUGCAAAGGACACUUAACCCAGACCUGUCUGGACUAGGACCCAGCAGCCUGGCUUGGCUGACUAAACUAACGGGGAGGGGAAAGCUGCAGGGUUAAUUUAGCCUGCUAGUCUGUCAGAGGUUUAUGGUUAACAACAAUGAGAUUACAUGGAUGCAGCACUGGAACCCACAGUGCUGUGAAUGUGUCUGUCUGAGGAGUCAGGUCACUUUGUCUUACUAAACACUCUAACCGGUGACCACACAGAGAUAAACACACAUGCAUCAGGGUUCUCUGUAUUGUUUAUAUAUGAAACCACACAAUGUUUUCCACACAAUGUGAUCAGCUUUAAAAUAUUUUGGCUGGACAUUUCUCAAACUGAGAUUAUAAAAGAUGUUAAGCUUCUUAGGAGAGGAGGCCUACACAUGGAUAUAUUUUGGUCAUGUUGCAAAUGAUGACACAUGUGAAGCGCGCGGACAUAUCACAGACUUUGAAUUGCUCACAUGUACAUGCAUAAAGAAGUCAUUGUUCCAAGGUAAAAACAUCACAGCUAUGUUCCCAUUCAAAAAGUUGUCCCACCAGAGAGGGUUUGCUUAUGAACCUAUCUUGACAGCUUGUUUAGGAGACAGCAUGGUGUAUUUAUGUUUUAUUUAUUUAUCUUUUUUUUAGUCUGCGCUACACAGUUUCUUAAAAACAUGUGAGUUUUGAUUUUGGGGAAAUUGAAGGUCUUGCACUAAAUGUAGCGAAACAAACUGAAUGAAAUGAUCCAAAAUGCCAACUUGCAGUGACUGGCUGCAGCCAGAAAGAUACAGGAAGAUGCAAUUUUAUAUUUUGUAGAUUUGUUUUAAAGAAGUUUGUUUUUUAUUUGCAUUGAAUUCCACAAUGGCCAAGUCAGAGGCAUUAGUAUAAAACGUAUUUAUCAGACCAAUGUCAGGCUUUGAAUUCUAUGAAUGAACAAGUGUAAAAAACAAAAAAUAAGACUACAGACAGACACUACUAAAUACUAAUGUUUGACUGUUUUGAGUUGAACAUUUUAGCUGCUACCGUUACUCUUCUGUUUCCGUAUUUAAUUGAGCUUUCAUAUGUUGCAUAGCGUUGAAAUGCCACAGUGGCUGCCAAGGAACAAAAAGCUUUGUUUAUUGUAAUUAUUAGUAGUUGGUUCAGUCUGAGAGAAGAAAACAUCAUAGACUCUUGCACUGUCUGAUGCCAUGGCAGCCAUGUGAUACACUUACAUCAUUUGGACUUACUGCUGGAAUGAAAUAAAGCUCUGAGAUUCAAGAAAA